AUGUCUCGCGCAUCGAAGCUGACCCUGGCCGCCACCGGCCUGGGUACCGCAGGCAUUGUCUGCUUUGUGCAUUGGGCUCAAGAGCAAGACAGGGCGGCUAUGCACAGGGGAGUGGAACGAGACAUGGAAAAGCAACGUAUCCGUCAAGAGCGACAAGCCGAGUUCGAGAUGCAAAAGCGCCUUGAGGAGGAAUAUCUCAAGCUCCAGACCGUUCACAGCACAACCGACAAUGCGAACCCGACCGGCACAAAUACAAGUACGGGGUCAUUAUAA